AUGAUAAAACAUAGUUCAGUAUUUAGCUCGGUUUCUGUGAUAUUAGUAUUAGUUUGUGUCCAUGAUGGCAAAGCAUUCAAUUUAUCGCCCAAGCCAAACAUCGUCUUACGAGAGCCGAAAACACUGGGCACUGGAAUUCCAAAAAUGCGUAGCUCAUAUUUUGGUUUCUCCUUGAAUUUGAAGCAAAAUAGUGUUUUAAUCGGUGCUCCGCGGGCCCAAUCAACGCUGGAAACCCAGCAAAAAAUUAAUGAAACAGGUGCCAUGUAUAAGUGCACAUUUGAUAGAUCUCCGGCCGGAAAUUGUUCACCAUUCAUUUUCGAUGAGUUGGGUAGUCAUAGUGAACCCAACGACAAAUAUACCUUGAAUAAUGAAAAAAAGGAUUAUCAGUGGUUGGGAGCAUCAAUGGACGGCAGUGACAGCGAAAAUGAUAAGUUUGUGGUAUGUGCACCGCGUAUAAUGUCCGAUCAAUCACGUAUAUUUGAAUACUUUCUUCAUGGCAUCUGUUAUUGGACAACAAAUACAUCUUCAAGUAAACCAGUGAAUGUGCAGAAAAUAGCUCCACUGCGAUGGAAUGCAAGUCAGGAGAUUAAUGGUAGCAAAAUAUACUACUACAUGUACGGAGAGCAAGGUCUGAGCGUGCAUAUCACGGAAAAUAUGGAAGAGAUUUUGAUUGGAGCUCCAGGUAUUUUUGGUUGGAGCGGUUCAGUAAUUCGUCACAAGGCAAAGCCGUUAGUUAAGGAACACAUUUUUAAUCCACGCAAUGGACAGCAAACUAAAAUAGAGUAUGAAAGUGAUAUUCCGGAUCCAAAGCUAUGGAAUCAAGAAUUUGAUUCAUAUUUUGGCUUUGCCGUUUCAUCGGGAUAUUUCGAUGGGAUUGGAAGUUCCAAACUACUCUAUGUUGCUAGUGCACCGAAAACAAAUAUGGCAUAUGGCGCUGUUUAUAUUUUUGAUAUAGUCGACUCACCUUCGACUAAUAAAACCAUUAAAAUUUACCACAUAUUUGCGGGUCAACAAAUGGGCGAAUUCUUUGGAUAUUCUCUCCUCACCGAGGACUUUAAUAACGAUGGUUUCCCUGAUAUCGCCAUUGGAGCUCCAUAUAAUUCAAAGGCGGGAACUCAUGAGAAUGGAGCCGUUUAUAUCUAUAAAAACGAGGGAAGUUCGUCGAAUUUUGCAUUGCAUGCGGUUCUACGAACGGACUUUGAGUUUGAUGGCCACUUCGGAACAACCAUUUCGAAA